AUGACUUUAUCUCGCGACUUAGAGCGUCUGCUUGAGGCUACAGGCCUGCAGAUCCACGGCGUCACGACCAAAUUUGAGCUCCUCCAAGAUCCACUCAAACAGAGAGCAAAAGUGCUUGCAGUAGUUCCACGAAAGGGAGACACAACAGCACUCAAGAAAACAGUUGAGGACGAGAACAAGCAGCGGAACACAUGGUUCCAAUUCGAGCCUUUCGCAUUACCCUUCGAUGCCCCGAAUCUCAAGAAUCUUUGCCGAUCUCUCCUCCACACUGCAAAUAGACUCGCAUUCCCGCAACCAGUCAACCCGGGCACAAGCCCAGUAGACUUCAUCACAUACAUGAGCACUGUCUACAAUCUCGCACUCGCAUACCUCGCCAGCUCAGGGAGCCACGGCGUCGACAACGCCAACAAGGCAGUCAUGCAAUGGCUACGGCACAUCGACUAUGCAAGCCCCAACUUCCAAGAAGCCCUCGGCGAACUCGACAGUAAAUGGAUCGCCUUUGUUGCCACCCGUAAUAUAGCCAUGAUCGACUGGGUGGCAGAUCCUCUGGAACCGAUCAGCAUCAAAGUCUCUCACUUUGGCGCCUCCCUCGAUGGCCCCACCAUCAAUUCACCCAAACAAACCCUAGCCAAGAUAAGGGACAGCCGUCUUAACAUCAGCGACCUCACUGGUUGGGCAGGCGACCUCAUAACAUUUUAUGUCGACUGGCAGGUCGCUGUGCGUGCUUCAAAGACCACGCUCUCAGGGUAUGACUUUUGCCUUGACCGGCUGGCGCAGCCAGAAUAUAAGCAGGAGUACGUUACCACCGCCAAGUUGCGCGAUUUUGUGGAGGAUGCAGAUGCCUUUAACAUCGGCAAAGCGCUAAAUGCGGACCCAGCAAGGACUAUCGUCCAAGAGAUGACGGACUUGUUCCGGCCCGACGGAGGGUAUACAAAUCGGUUUCAUAGGUUUUGGGAGAAGAGAUUCAGCGGAUCAGUGAAGGUUGCGACUGAGCUAGCGGACCAUUUGCUUUCGACAAAUGGUAUAGCCGAUCUAGUUGCGAUUGUACGGCUGCGACUCAUUAAGAAAGAGGAGCACCGCAGGAGCAUUGUGCCUCCGAUCACCAGGCCAGAGGCACUUGGCGGGAGUGUGAGGGCCGGGGGUUCUGUAAGGGUUUUGCGGAGGUGA